AAUCUACAAAGAAGCACAAGAAGAGUAAAUCAAAAAAAGGCCAUAAAAAAAAUAAGAAGGAAGGAAAGAAGCAUUCCAAAACAAAAACCGAGAGUACUAUGGUUAGCUUUACACAAGACGUGAGCAGCAAAAGUGUAGAAGAUACAGUUCAUGCUCAAGCAAUUCCAAGAACUACGCUAACUGUAAAAGUAACCAAGACGGCAGAGGCACCAUUACCUAUACAAACUGCAGAUCAACACAUACUCAUUCAACCACCAAAGGAAUUUGUGCCUGGCAACGAUUUGGGAAACGUUGGUAAAAUUGGAGUAUACCAAAUCGCACAUUCAUCUGGUAUCAGUGGUAGGCCCACUGUUGACAUUCAUUGGUUAUGCUUUCUUGUUGUAGUAAUCCUUUAUUACAUAAGACAUCAAUAAUGACUAGACAAAAAUAAAAAUAAAAAAGUCCUCUUUCUCUCUUAUGUCUUUUCAUCAGGCACAUGUCUUGACAAUCGAUUGUUGUGAUCAACUUCAUCAGGUACAUUCCUUAUCGUAGGCUCUUGUUGAGUAUAAUAUCCUCCAUCAUAGCUAUAUUGUCCUACACUGAAAUCAUCUUUACUUGGAUCAUAAGCUGGGAUAAAAGG